CGGACGGACAUUCAGUAAGCGCAUGCCACCGUUGUCAGUUAGACGUGUUAACCGUUCACUUUUCGGAAUACUGAAUCAUCGUUUCUUCUGAGUCAGUGCGUAUUGUGAUGUUUGACGUUAUUCGCGUGUAAGAACUGCGUAUUUGUUAUGCACGCCAUGGGUGACCCCGCUGCGCUAGCCGGCAUGUUACCCUUCGACUCGAUAGGUCUGUACGAGCAGCCGAAGCCUCGCUUCAUCUUCAAGAUGCCGCGGGUAGUUCCUGAUCAGAAGGCCAAGUUCGAAUCCGACGACUUGUUCAAGAGACUGAGCAGGGAGAGCGAGGUGAGGUACACCGGUUACCGCGAUCGUCCGCCAGAGGAACGGCAGAUGCGGUUCACCAGCGGGUGCCGCGAGGGCCACACCGAGAUCGCCUUCAUAUCAACCGGCACCAACUUGCAACUAGUAUUCGAUCACUCACCGUAUAACAACCGAGGGUGUGACUUCCAGAAAGAAAACGGAAAGGUACACAUCGUGUCUCGAUUUAUAAUGAAUGGUGUCUGUGUCCGAUGGCGGGGCUCGAUCGAUUUGGAGAAACUCGAAGGGAUCGGGUGCUUGGAGCUAGAUGAGGAGAGGGCGGCUAUAGAAGAUGCGGCUUUGAGGGACCAGAUUGAACGUUAUAACCAGAGGCUUAGGGAUUUUGAGGACAAGCAGCGCGCCUACCGCGAGCACGGGGAAGAGCUGCGCGCGCAUUCCCACGUACAUGCGCAGCGCUUCCACCAGUCGCGACAACCACCCCACGGAGCGAACCCCACGCACCCCCACGCCGCACACCCCGUACACAUAAAACCUCAUUCUCAGGGAGCUCUUAUAUCAUAAAUGACAAAUAUUAAAACAACAUACAGACUCACCUUGUAAGAUGUUCAUAGUUGUAGCGACGUUGAUGUCUUUAGUAAGGGAGUUGCUUAAAGGAAAUAUUUUAUCACCUUUGUGUAAGCUUUUGAAAGUAUAAAAGUCAACAAUAAUAACCAAAUAGUAAGGCCUAAGAAUCAAUACUUACAAACAUUUUAUAAUAUCACUUAAUUUUAAAGUUCUAACUUAAGGAAAUACCGCAAUAAAAGCACGAAUACAUAAUGUAGAAGAAGU